AUGGAGAGGUUUUUGGCUUACUUUUGGAUAGUACUGGCACUAUUUACUUUUACAGCAUUUACAACAGUUACAGGUUUAAACAUCUGUACCUCCAGAGGUGUGAAAACCUGCAAAGAAUGCCUUUCCAUCCACCCAUCCUGUGCUUGGUGCUUUAAGAAUGACAUGGGAACGGGCAGUCCUAUUGCUUACCGGUGUAAUCUGAAGUCCAUCUUGGUGCAGUCUGGAUGUCAGCCCGAGUUUAUUGAGUAUCCAGUAAGUAGUGUGACGUUGGAGGAAAACCGUCCUCUCAGUGCCCAAGCUCAGGGAUCGACCGGUGACAUCACCCAGAUUCAGCCACAGCGAAUCCGCCUUACCCUGCGCCCAGAUGACUCAAAGCGUUUUACAGUGACCGUCCGUCAAGUGGCUGAUUACCCAGUUGACCUGUACUACCUGAUGGACUUGUCCUAUUCUAUGAAAGAUGACUUGGUCAAUCUCCGCUCCCUUGGAAAUGAACUGGCCGUGGCUAUGGGUCGUACCACUAGUAACCUGCGUAUGGGAUUCGGGGCAUUUGUGGACAAAACACUUUCCCCAUAUAUGUACAUGUACCCAGAGGACGCCAUAAAGAACCCCUGUCUGGGUAUUAAGACGACUUGCUGGCCACAGUUUGGUUAUAAGAAUGUCCUGUCAUUGACGGAGCAGGUGACUCGCUUCACAGAGGAGGUAAAGAAACAGCAAAUAUCCAGAAAUAGAGACUCACCAGAGGGAGGAUUUGAUGCCAUCAUGCAAGCGUCGGUGUGCAAGGAUAAGAUUGGCUGGAGGUCUGAUGCAUCCCACUUGCUCUUGUUUACUACAGAUGCUACAAGUCACACCGCCUUGGAUGGCAAAAUCGCUGGUCUCGUCCAACCCAGUGAUGGAGAGUGUUACGUUAAUAAUGACAACUACUACGCCAAGUCUACUGUACUAGACUAUCCCUCUCUUGGAAUGGUGACUGAAAAACUGAGUGAGAAUAACAUUAACCUCAUCUUUGCUGUAACAGAAGAUGUGGUACCUCUGUACCUUAAUUAUAGUAAGCUGAUUCCUGGCACCACUGUCGGGUUAUUGUCUCGCGACUCUAGUAACGUCAUCCAGCUCAUCUUGGACGCCUAUGCGAAUAUUAGAUCAAAAGCUGAAUUGGAAGUUUCAGGUGUUCCGGAGGAGUUGAGCCUGUCGUUCAAUGCCACGUGCCUUAACGGAGAGGUAGUACCAGGGGUCAGAUCCUGCUCUGGGCUUAAGAUUGGAGACACGGUGUCAUUCAGUGUAGACGCUAAACUCCGGAGCUGCCCCAAAGAAAAAAGACGCACCUUUACGAUCAAGCCUAUUGGUUUUAAAGACACGCUACAAGUGACAGUCGACUUUGAAUGUAGCUGCUCGUGCCAGGACUCCUCUCAGCCCGCUAGCCCUGCCUGUCACAACGGCAAUGGCACUCUGGAAUGCGGGGUGUGCCUGUGUGACGCUGGCCGCUUGGGGCCUAAAUGCGAGUGCACCGAAGGCGACUUCAAGCCCACCCAGACAGAAACCUGCAGACCCUCCCCCGGCGCCCCCGAUUGCAACGGACAAGGCGACUGCAUUUGCGGCCAGUGUAGCUGUUACUCAAGAGACUACGGGAAGGUGUGGGGUAAAUACUGUGAGUGUGAUGACUUUAGCUGCAUCCGAUCCAGAGGACAACUCUGUUCUGGUCACGGCGACUGUGUCUGCGGGUUCUGCCAAUGCCAUCCUGACUGGUCAGGUGAGAGCUGUAACUGUUCCACAAGAACCGACACCUGCAUGGCCGGCAUAGGGCUGCUGUGUAGUGGCCGAGGUCAGUGUGUCUGCGGCGAGUGCGAGUGCACCCAGCCCGGCGCGUAUGGUGCCACCUGUGAGAAAUGCCCCACCUGCCCUGAUUCCUGCACCAUCAAAAAGGAGUGUGUGGAGUGCAAGCAUUAUAAAAGAGGAAGUCUGUUUGAGAAGAAAAGCUGUAGCACAAUCUGCAGGGAUGAAAUUCAGCUAGUAGAUGAAAUAGUCCUGCAUGAGAAGAGUGCAGUAAACUGCAGCUAUAAAGACGAGAACGACUGCAUCCAACACUUCCAGUAUUUUGAGGACAUCGGUGGAAAAUCCAUCCUCUAUCUUGUUAAGGAACCUGAGUGUCCUAAGGGUCCUGAUAUCCUGGUAGCUGUGGCCUCUGUGAUUGGUUCCAUCUUCCUGCUGGGUUUGGCUGCUCUGCUGAUAUGGAAGCUGAUGGUCACCAUUCAUGAUCGUCGGGAAUUCGCCAAGUUUGAAGAAGAGAGAGCCAAGGCCAAGUGGGAAGCAGCCAAUAAUCCAUUGUAUAAAGGAGCUACAACCACCUUCAUGAAUGUUACCUACAGUGGCAACUCAUAGAUCUCAAGAUCCAUCGCUUCCAUCGACAGUCAUCUACACCACUGAUAAUGACU